GUCGCAGUAAGUGAGGGCUUCGCUUUUGAGGUGAGCGACGUGCUAUGAACCAUUAACUGUAAAGAAGAAAAACAUAUUCGCGCCUUAUGCCGGUUAGCGAAGUUUCCUUCAAUGCAAUAUGCAUCGUAUACGUAAUGUUUAACGCUUAUCACUCGACCAUGGAAGUUCCUUUAUAGAUAGAUGCCCCUGGCUAAUCGGCUAGCCAGGAGUCGGCAGAUAAGAUACCGUUUUGUCCACCAUACGCGGCGCUCAACUCCUCAACCCAUACAGCGCCGGAGCUACAAGAUUCAAGAACAACAAAAAGUCCCGCUUGCCACUAAAUGGUCAAAAUAGUUGGCGUCUUUUGGAUGCAUUCUCUGUCACGGGCCAGAAUGUGACAGCCGGUCACGGUGCGCGCCUGGCGGGGGCGGCGACUGAACCCCGCUGGCCCCUGCAGCGGCGUGUCUGGAUGCACCAUCAGACAACGGUGUCCCCGUCACCGUGACUCACUAAAGCACGGUGACCACGGGCGCGGAAGCCGCCAACACCCGCACUCUAUAAAAGGCUCGCCGGCCGUGCUUUCUUUAGUAACCUGAGCGUGGCCGGCGCAUGCGCGGUGGCCGCGCGGCGCGUCGCCGUCGUCGCGUCGGUGGCGGCGCGGCGACGAUCGGACACGCGGGCCACCGAGCGACGCGACGGGCCGAGUGCGACGGACGGGAGCGCCGACCCAGCGCGCGACUGACCGACCAACCAGCCAGCCACCAUGUCCUCCUCCAAGACCACCACGCGCAAGUACACGUACACAUCCUCUGGAGGAGCCCAGUCGGAUGUCAAGGUCGAAUACCACACCGACCAGAUGGCCCUGGCCAGGAUGGAGGACAGAAUCAGACAGCUGCACGAUGACCUCGAGUCCGAGCGCGAGCUGCGACAGCGGAUUGAGCGUGACAAGUCGGACCUGAGCGUCACGGUGAUCCAGCUGCGCGAGCGCCUGGAGGAGGCAGAGGCCGGCGUCGAUGGACAGGUGGAGAUCAACAAGAAGCGGGACAGCGAGCUGCUGAAGCUGCGGAAGCUGCUGGAGGACGUGCACCUGGAGAGCGAGGACAACCUGCACGUGAUGAAGAAGAAGCACCAGGAGACGAUCCAGGAGUACAUCGACCAGCUGGACGCGCUCGUCAAGACCCGCUCCAGGCUGGAAAAGGAGAAGAACAAGUUUCAGCAGGAGCUCUACGAAGCUAUGAGUCUGGUUGAAUCCUCCAGCAAGGAGAAGACCGUCCUGAUCAAGCAGUGUGAGAAGCUCGAGGUCACGGUCCACGAGCUCACCGUCAAGAUCGAGGAGAUCAACAGGACCAUCAUUGACCUGACCAGCGUCAAGACCCGGCUGUCCCAGGAGAACAUCUCGCUCACCAAAGACAUCCAGGACAUGAAGUCGACCAUGGAGAACGUGCAGUACUCCAAGCACCAGCUGCAGACGGCGCUCAACGACGCCACCCGCAGACUGGAGGAGGAGGACAGGCGUCGCAGCACGCUCGAGUCACAGCUCCACACGGUCGAGCUCGAGCUCGAGUCGGUGCGCAACCAGUACGAGGAGGAGUCCGCGGUGCGUCUCGAGCUGGAGCGUACCCUGGUGAAGGCCCGUGCCGACGUGGACAGCUGGCGCGGCAAAUACGAGUCCGAGGCGGCCGCCCGCUCCGAGGAAAUCGAGGAACUCAGGCGCAAGUUCACCCUCAAGAUCCAGGAGCAGGAGGAACACAUCGAGACUCUGAUGGCCAAGCUGUCCCAGGUGGAGAAGCAGAAGUCGCGCCUGCAGUCCGAGGUGGAGGUGCUCAUCAUCGACCUCGAGAAGGCCAACGGCUCGUGCCGCGACCUCCAGAAGCGCUGCGAGAUGCUCGAGAGGAUGAACAACGAGCUCAAGGCCAAGCUGGACGAGAUGACCGCUCUGUACGACCAGAGUCAGCGCGACAACCGCGCCAAGGCCGGCGAAAUCCAGCGGCUCAACGCCGAAAACGACAAGCUGAAGGAGCAGAACAAUAACCUCGGACGCGAGAACAAGAAACUCGAGGGUGAGAAUCACGACCUGAAGAACGGUCUGGCGGAGCUGACGCGCCGCUACCACGAGAUGGAGCUGGAGAACCGGCGGCUGGAGAACGAGCGCGCCGAGCUGGCCACCGCCUACAAAGAGGCCGAGGCCGGUCGCCGUGCGGAGGAGUCUCGUGCCCAGCAGCUGUCUGGCGAGCUGGGUCAGACUCGUCACGAAAUGGAGAAGCGCAUCUCGAUGAAGGACGAGGAGAUCGAGUCCGUCAGGAAGACGCUGACCAUCGAGAUCGAGCAGAUGAGCGGCCGUCUGGCGGACGCCGAGGCCCGCCUGAAGGCCGAGGUCCUCCGCAUCAAGAAGAAGAUGCAGGUCACCAUCACCGAGCUGGAGAUGUCGCUGGACGUCUCCAACAAGAACAACAUCGACCUGCAGAAGCAGAUCAAGAAGCUGUCGCUGCAGCUGACGGAGCUGCAGUCUCACUACGACGACGUUCAGCGCCAGUUGCAGGCCACCCUGGACCAGUACGGCAUCGCGCAGCGGCGCAUCCAGGCGCUCUCCACCGAGUGCGAGGAGACGCGCGGCAACAUGGACCAGGCCCUGCGUCAGAAGCGUUCUGCCGAGGAGGCGUGCGAGGAAUUCCGCGUCAAGAUCAACGAGCUGCAGACCAUCAACGUCAACCUGACCAGCGUCAAGAGCAAGCUGGAGCAGGAGCUGGUCAACCUCACCUCAGACUACGACGAAGUCACCAAGGAACUCAAGAUGGUGGACGAGAGGUACGUUCGUGUGCAGAGCGAGCUCAAGCACAGCCUGGAAGUGCUGCAGGAGGAGCAGACACGCAUCGUCAAGAUCGAGACCAUCAAGAAGUCGCUGGAGGUGGAGGUGAAGAACCUCACCAUCCGGCUGGAGGAGGUGGAGGCCAGCGCCAUCGCCGGCGGCAAGCGCGUCAUCAGCAAGCUGGAGGCUAGGCUGCGCGACCUCGAACUGGAGCUGGACGCUGAGAAGCGUCGCCACGCCGAGACGCAGAGCCUGUACCGCAAGAAGGAGCGCAACGUUAAGGAGCUGAUGAUCCAGAUGGAGGAGGACCAGCAAAACAUCCUCAUGCUCCAGGAGACCCUCGACAAACAGUCGCAGAAGGUCAACAUGUACAAGCGCCAGCUGCAGGAGCAGGAGCAGAUGUCGUCGCAAAACAUCACCCGCGUGCGCCACUUCCAGCGCGAGCUGGAGGCGGCCGAGGCUCGCGCCGAGAGCGCCGAGACCAGCAUGAACCUGAUCCGCACCAAGCACCGCAGCUUCGUCACGCAGUCGGCCGUGCCCGGCGGCUCGAUCACGGUGGUGCAGCAGACGCGCAGCAGCGUGGAGCAGUGAGCCGCCGCGCCUCCGCCGUCGUCCGGCGCCCUCCCGGACGCGGUGGCCGCGGCUGGGCGGUCACGGCGCCCGGGAGCCGCGUCGCGUCCCGCCGCGUCCCGUCUCAACCCGCUCCGUCCGCGCUUAGUGGUCCCCGCUGACCCUGUUCCUGUAGCGUGUGUGGCCCCGGCGCGGCGGCGCCCGGCCGUCCGCCGGCGGCGUGUGCACUGCAGAGUGUCCGCGCGACCCGCGCCCGCUGCCCGUACCGAGUCGGCCGAACGUCCGCAGUCUGCCCGCCGGCUGCCGCGGCCCGGGCCGGCCGGUGUCGAGCCCCGGCGAGUGCCGGCGGCGGCGCCCCGGCCCGGCCGCCCCCCACGAGAGACCACGGCCGCGCGGCCACAGCCGAAUGAGUGUCCGAUAUAUGUGGAUGUUGUUGCACCGCCGGUGGCCUUUUGACAUCGUUAUGGAGAGUGACAGUGGCGUCAAUGAAUAAACGAGAGACGUCUGAGGUAAA